GGAAUUGGAAUGGAAUAUCUCGUGUCUGGAGCUGGUAACACGUGGAGAAAGCAGCCAACUCCCACGCGUCAGUUCCCAGGCCACCUUCGACAGACUCCCUUUCCUUCGCUAUCUAUCUCAUACGUGUCAGGCAGAAAGCUGAGUCAGUUCUCCCCUUCACUAACACGUGGCAGCCUUCCUCCAACUCACCAAUCCCAGCACCGCCAUUUCCCUUCCCUGUAGUUCCUAUCCACUCCCACCUCCCCUGCCCUUUUAACUCCACUCCCCCUCUCCAUUUCGCUUCACCAAUCGAUCAAGCACUAUCUUCCAUUACAUUCCCACAAAUCACAGAAAGGAAGCAGCAAACCAGGUUGAGAAUUUUCAGCAAAGCAAAGACAAGAAGUCGAAACAAACAAUGGCGUCCGAGCAACAGUCUAGGAGAGAUAACAAGACGACGGAGCGGGAGAUUGUCUUGGAGAAAGACAGAGUCCCCAAGAUCGCCUCCCAUUUCGAGUCCCUGUCCCACGACGAAACCAAGCCGUCCGGCACCGGAACAAACUAUACCGUCGGAAAAUUUGAAGUCACCAGGGAAACAGAGGGAGGCCACGGCGGCGGUGGCGGCGGCCGAGAGACUAAUCAAGGAGACCAACUCUCUCUUUCCGACAUCUCCAAGCUCAGAGGAUCUGCUCAGCAGAAUUCGGCCGAGGCUAUCAGGGGUGCACAGCAGAGGUAUGAGGAGAAGCAGGGGAGCCACGACGAGAAGGCUGGAGGCGGCGGCGGUAGUGCGACGGAAACUGCAAGAGGAGGAGCUCGGAGAGCUUCUCAGACCGUGCAAGAGAAGGGGGGUCAAGUCAAGGAAAGUGCUCGAGAAGGAGCUCAGAGAGCUUCUCAGACGGCUCAAGAGAAGGCUGCUCAGGCCAGAGACACGGCGGCGGAGAAGGCUCGUGUAGCUUCCCAAACGGUCCAGGAAAAAGGCGCACAAGCGAAAGACACUGUCGCUCAGGGAGCUCAGAGAGCCUCCGAAUUGGCUUCGGAGAAGGCUGCCCGAGCAAGAGAGACGGCCUCUGAAGGCGCUCAGAGGACUACAGAGUACUUGAGUGAGAAGGCGAAGCAGGCAAAAGACACAGCAGCCGGAGGUGCUCAGUAUGCUACGGAGAAAGGGAGGCAGGCGAAGGACACGGUGGCCGGAGGUGCUCAGAAGACAACAGAGUACCUGACCGAGAAGGCGGCCCAAGCGAAAGACACCGCCGCGGGAGGAGCUCAGAGGACGUCGGAAUACGUGACGGAGAAGGGGAGGGAGGCGAAGGACACCGCGGCGGAGAAGAGCCAUACCGUGGCCCAAACCGCGAAAGAGUACGCUAGCAAGGCGAAGGACUUCACGGUGGAGAAGGCGGUGGCGGCGAAGGACGUGACCGUUGAAAGCGGGAAAGGGGCGGUUCACUACGUGGCGGAAGUGGCGGAGGACGUGAGGGAGAAGGCGGCCGCGGCGGGGUGGACGGCGGCGCAUUACACGACGGAGAAGACCGUGGAGGGGACGAAGGCUGCGGCGAGGGCGGUGAAGGGUGCGGCGGAGUACGCCGGGCACAAGACGGCGGAGCUGGCCGGGAAGCCGCUGGGGGCGGUGAAGAGCGCGGUGGGGACGACGGGGGAGAGCGCGAAAGAGUACACGGCGAGGAAGAAGGAUGAGGCGCAACGGGAAUUGGAGACGAGGAAGGGGAGAGCAGAAAUCGGCGGGGGCGGCGGAGGAGAAUUCGCGACGGAGAAGUGGUCAACGGAGACGACGACCACGGGAGGAGGAGGGGAGGAAGGAGACGAGGAAGGCGGCGGAGUGUUGGGAGCCAUCGGCGAGACUAUAGUGGAGAUAGCGCAGCAGACGAAGAAAUUGAUGAUCGGACAGCCACCGGAUGACGACGAGGGUGUCGGUGGAGCGGCGCAGGGCGGUGUCGGGUUUGAAUCUGCGACCAGAAGGGAGGAGUAUAGCAGGCAGGAAAAGCGUUAAUAAAGACUAAUAAUGAGAAAAGAACACAGCGUGAAAAUAUUAUGUACGAUGGGGGGCUGGGAGCUUUGGGCUUUCUUUUUGGGCUUUCUUUUUUGGACGCGUGUAUCAUGAUGUGAUGUUACUAGGCUGAUCUGGGCCUGGCCUUCGGUUUUCGCUGUUAUUAGUUUUCUAUAAAUUAUGCGAGUUCAUUGUCUAUCAGUCUAUGUACGUAUGUGUCUUGGCUAAUAUUUUCUUGUACACUUCUGUUAUUCUGUGUUUUUAGAACUAAACCACAUACGUCUCGGAGUUGGAGUUGAAGUUGAUGGGUACAUUAGGGUACAUUACAAAAUAAUACUAAGUUGAAGUG